GUAGUAACAGCGAAAUAAUUUGAUUGAAUUUUAAAGUUCAGUAUUGCACAAAACUAAUCUAAAAUGAGUGCGCGAUCAAUGAUUCUAUUAGGGUCACUUCUCCUGGCUCAGAUGUUUAUUAUGAAAUGCGACAGUGACCCGAAGUCAACAGAGUCGCCUGCGAGUCCACAAGAAAGAUCGUCACACCAUCAUCACGAAUCGCCUACUUUUCAAGGAUUUUGGAAGAAGAAAUUUAUUUGGAGACCACGUUGGGUUAAAACGUGGCAAGAGAAAAAAGUUUAUGUUGCCGUUUGGAAAAGAAUGUGGGGACCUGCUGAGGUCAAGGAAUGGGUGCCAGUACCCAAACCACCGCCAGGUUGGGUUAAAAAUGUUCCAGGAUCGCACUUUGUUAAAGUUGGUCUACCUCAUUAAUCUCUAAAUUACAUUUUAAUAGAUCUUACAAUAUAUUAUUGUAAAUAUAAUUUAUUAUAUAUUUAAGCCAUAGCUAAAUAUUAACCAUAAGGUACCGUAUAUCUCUUAGUUUUUUUUAGUGUUACUUUCGUUUUAGAAUUGUUUGUUCUUGAAUGUCUAUUUUAUU